AUGUCACAAACUUCUAGAAAUCCAAGUUGGGAUAUUCUUUCUCAACAAUUUGACUUCAUCGGCGAUAAUAACUUGAUGUCGAAUAAUCACAUUACAGGUCAGAAAAAGUUCGGUGAGAGAAAGAAAACUAAUCAGAAUAUUAAUGUGAUUGAAAAACACACAUUUGAUUUAUCAGACUUUCAUUUAUUUGAUGAUGAGAACAACUCUUUGGGUUGUAUUAAGCUCAAAAAAAAUGAAAAAUAUAUGGAAUAUACUGAAUGUGAAAACGACAUUGAUUUAUUUGGAGAGAAAAAAACAAAAAACGAAACAAAUAACUCUGAUUUUAGCUCGCCUCCGAGCGAAACUAACCAAAAUAACAACACAGUUUAUGAUUCACAAAUACGGAGAACAGAUUAUGAUUCACAAAUACGGAGAACAGAUUAUGAUUCACAAAUACGGAGAACAAAUUAUGAUUCACAAAUACGGAGAACAUAUUCCCAUAACGAAAUACACACCAACACAGACAUUGAUACGGAUUUUCCUCUUUAUCCUACGCGAUCGCCUGACUUUUCCUUAGAAAAUAUGUCAAAUCCUAAUCCUUAUUCUUACCCUGAAUUAAAUGAUAUUACUAACUCACUCUCAUUGUUCCUAACGAGUGAACGGUAA